AGUGUUGGCUCUUGCAAUCAGUUUUUUUUCUCCCCAUCCUCUUCAAGAGCUGCCGUUGCUUUUCUUCCGUGAAUAUAUUGGAACCCUUCAAAGCACGCGCCGUUCUUCAUGCCGGCCAAAGCGGUUCCACCCAACACGCGUAGCAAGUCCCCGGGCUCCGCGUCCUCGCAUGUCUGCAGCCAACAGUGCAGCCUGCCCGUCUGGGACGAUGCCCAAAUCGCACAGGAGAACUGGGGGAGCCCUCUAAUCGCAACGUCCUCCGGCGGGGGCGGCACCGAUGGCGGUCAAGACGCGGGAUGGCAAAGCGCCGCCAAAACAAAAUCCCCCGGCGCACACGUCGCAGCGUCUGGCGGCGGGGCGGAGGCCAUUUUCCACGAUCAGGCAGGACAUCAGUGUGUGACUGACUUCAUCCAGGCGUGUCGGACGGCCACAGACGACGCCGCCCCCACGGGGGUAACGGUGUCGGUUGAUUCACCCACAUCGGGUGAGGUGAUGUGGAAGCGGCCAGUGGAUAUCUUCCGCCCCUUUCGCCCCGUCGUGCACCGCAACGCGACUCCAUUUCUCAACCCCUACGCUUCGGAGGAUGCGCUAACCCCGAUGGAAAUCACCGUCGCGGAGGAGCCGUGCCGCGCGCCGUCCGUGACGGGUGCAACAACGACGGCUGCAGCGAUCGGCGCAGGUGCCGGCAACAGCAAGAAGUCGAACGCAGGAACGGCUCGCAGCGCUGAGGGCGCCGCGGCGGCCGUCGCAGAGGCGUUUCAUCAGCAGUACCCCGAGGCGGUGACCGUGCUGGAGGACUUCGUCGGCGACGACGUUACGCGGUGGUCGCACUGCUCACGGAUGGAGGCCGUCCGCCGCUACCGUGCGCUGCCGGUGCUGAUGCAGCCAUACGACGGUGCCCUCGUCGCCGGUUGUGCCGAGACUCCGGCGGAGGCGUGCGGGUCGCGGUACAGCACCGCCCUGCGGCACAAGCUGAAGCAAGCGGAGCAGCUCUCCGCCCUCGCCGAGGCACCGCCGUUUUUGAUGACGGCGCUGGACAGCGCCUUGUUGGCCGUGGAGCGAGCCCAGCGCUUCAUUCCGGCGGGGUCGUACCUGUGGGAGCUGGUGCACCCGCACGCCCCUGGCACCUGCCACCCGGUGUACAACCCGUUCGGCAAGUACGCGGUGAAGCUGUUUAUCGCCGGUGCGUACCGCAAAGUCAUUGUCGAUGAUCGCCUGCCGGUGGAUGUGCUCGGCCGCCCGCUACUGACGACGACUUCAUUGAAGGAGCUGUGGCCGGCGUUGAUUGGCAAGGCGAUUGUGAAGGCGUUGGGCCCCGUAACCGGGGUGGAGGCGCUGGUCGCCUCGCCCGAGUUGAUUGUGUCGGUGCUGAUGGGAAAUUGGGUGCCGCAGUACCUCUCCCCGCGUCACGCACCGGUGUCGACGAUGACGGCCCUCCUCUUGUACGAGCGCCGUCUGAAGAAGCUGUCGACGAUCCCCACGCCGCUGCUGCAGGACGCGCAGCCCACCUCGCCGGGGAAAGGCGACAACGCCGCACAGGACGCCGACCGUGCGAUCAAGAAGGACUUGAAGAGCGCAGGAAGUGGUGACGGUGGCGGCAUGCACGCCCCUCGUCGACGAUCCUCUGCGCAUAGCAAGCGCUCCACCGUGAAGAAGAACAGCAGCGCGACCGACAGCUCGCAGACAGACGAGCAGCAGCCUCUCUACGCCUCGGAGUACUGCUCCGCCACCGUUGAUGAGCCGAUCCCCGACCAAUCCAUGUACGUGUGCGGGCUCCGCGCUGUCCCGGUGCAAAACGGUUCUGUUGAUGCUGCCGCUUCUGCCGUUGCUAGUGCCCGCCCGGCUUACCAGCUCCUCACCAUACACGCCAUGAAGCCCUUUCGGAACACCUUUGCGUUACUCCUCCACACCACACCGCGCAUUCAGCUGACGGAGGGCGUUUUCGAAAAAGAAAAGGACGCCGAUGACGUGAGUGCGCUGCAGCGCUGGAGCAGUCACCAGUACCGCCAAGUCCACGACACGGUCAAAACCCGCGCGACCAGCGCCAGCGCAGGCGACACCGCGACAGACUUGCUGUCGCCCACUACGGCGACGGAGAUGGUGGUGGUCGACAACGUACGCAGCCCAUCCGUCACGGCUUGCUGGCUCACGUUGGAGGAGUUCAUGGCGCAGAUGGAGCAGGUGGUGGUGUGGCGCGUACUGGAGGGCACGUACGCGCACGAAAGAUCCAUCACGGGAGAGGCAGUGCUGCAGUACAGCGGGACGGGGAGAGCAGGGGACGGCACCACUAGCGGCAGCAGCAAUAAUAAAACCGAUUUAGCGGCUUCCUCCGCGAAGCAGUCGCCUGCAUCCGUCAGUCUGAAAGGCGGCCAUCCACCACGUGAGGGGUCGCAUGCGGGUUCGACACCGACGGCGAUGCGCAACAGCAAACCGGCCGCUCAGGCGCAAGACACGUUGUACCCAUCGACAAUCGCGCCCACGUGUGUGUGGUGGAAACUGACGGCCGCUACCGCGGUGGAGGCGUUCGUGGUGGUAUCGAGCCCGACGCUGACAGAGGCCCUUCCAACAGUGCCUAGCGGCAGUACUGGUACUCCUGUUGCUGCUGCGGAUGCGGCGGUGGUUGCGACUGCUGCUGACAAUGAUGCGUUGAACGUGGUGUCGGCGCAGGAUCUUGCAGCUGCGCGUGAGCGACGCGUAGAGCUGCAUCACUUCCAGUGGGAGCGCGCCGAACCGCUCAACCACGUCGGAUCCGUCGCGUACACCGACGGCGCGCUGCGCUCGACGGAGCUGCGGUUCCGUCCCGGCACGCACCUGCUGCGGGUGGAUCUCCACAACCUUCAAGCGGCCGACACCAUCGCCUUUCUCUCCGACGCCGUCAUGGAGGUGCAGCUGGGCUUGAGCAACGAGUUCAGCCACGAUGGCUUUGCCACCGUGACGGACGCCGGCACGCACCCUGCUAUGCCGCUGCUGGACGUGGAGUACAUCUGGCUGAAGCGCGUCUUCACGCUGGCCAAGCCCACCGCUCUGACGAUGGUGCUGUCGACGCUGGACGCGGCAGAGGACUUGGCUGUGCACCGUCGUGUGAACACUGCCACGCAGCGGGCCCCUGCCAGCGCCGGUGGUGCUGCAGCCGCCGCGGGGGGCAAAUCCGCGCACGGCAAAGGCGGGUCUCCAGCGAACGUACGUGGUGGGGCCGCUGCGGUGAACAACGCCGCCUCGGCCUCUUUUAAGAAGGGCAGCUCGGGUGUGGCGGCCGAGGCCAGCAAAGAGCCGCCGCGGCCGUCGGCCAUCGCCGGCGAGGCGUCAGAGAGCCGAGCCGAACUGCGAGGUGUAUCCAUUCUCCGCUUCACCACCUUAGUGUUGGUGAACCUCGACAACCCGAAAGACUUCCGGGUCGGCAGUGCUGGACGAUUGGUGCAGCUGCAACUGGAGCCCAACGAGAAGGGCUACCUCGUUGUUGCCUACACUUCCGUGCCCGCUGCGCUGCUGAGUGACACCGCGCUACGUGAACAAGACCAUCUGGUGGACGAGGUAUCCGAUGUGUUCCACAUGGUGCGUCUCCCCACUGUUCCAACAGGUACUGUCGAACUGGAUUCUCCCUUGCCGGUUGACCUGCAGAGUUCGAGCAACACCGGCAUCACUCCCGCCGUGCCGCUGUUCCCUGCAGGUCAGUGGAAGUUGACGCUGCGCUCCGAUGCGGAGCUGCAGGCCUUUGACAGCGUCGUGCACAACAUCCACGACGUGCAGAUCGAGGCAGACCUGCCACGUGGUGGGUCCCCGGUGCUCUUCCGCCGCCUGUGCAACGUGGUGGAGCCGACACAUCUGUCUCUCCUGGCCCAGCUGCGCACCCCGCUGCCGAUGGCGUACACCGUGCGCAUCACUCGUCCUGGCGCGGCAUCCGCCACGACGGAGGUGUCCUCCACUACCAUGACAACGGCCUCCAAGAACACCAACGCGACUUCUGCUUUUUCACCUGUCGUGCCGAGCGAGUCGCUUUUCCCGGUGGAGGACGGCGCAGCAAACGCGUUUACGGUCUUUGAGUCUGCGCCGGCGGAGGACCGCCUCUUCGUCGCGGACGUUUUCCUCCCCUGCACGCACGAGGGCACCGUGAAGGUCGGCAAAACCACCGGCGGCCCCACCGGCGGGGGAGGCGGCGCGGCUGGCUCGACCACAUACGUUAUCGAGGCGUUUGUUGCACAGGCAAGCGCGACGGCGUGGAACGAUCAGUGUCUGCGACACCAGGCGGAGGUGUUUGCGCAGGUGCGCGACAGAGCCGAGGUGCGUGCGGUGGCGCUGCAGCAACAUGAUGUGGAAGAGUUUCAACAGGACCCAGAGGGCUUCCUGCAGCGCCGGAGGGAGGCGGCGUCGCAGCGUCGCCAGCAGGUGGCAGAGUUGGCGGAGAAGACCGUCACGAGUGUCCAGGCCGAUGUCGCCGCCGCCGCCGCCGCCGCUUCUGUCACGGAUACGCGCGGCGCACGAGGGCGGACGAGCAGCUCCACCCGUCGCCAGAGCCGUCGUGUGUCGAAUGCGCUGGACACGUACGUCAAGGACUCCUUCCGCCGUCAAUCAUCGUCGGUGGCGGAGGAUGAAGUGAGCGAUGCAGCCGCAUUGGCCCUGCUCGACACAGCCGAUCCCGCCAGCCUUGUGCACCUCAGCGCGCAGUUGAGCUUCUCCAGUCCACGCGCGGAGUUGAGGGAGGAGGCACCGGACCUGGACCCCACGGCAAAGCUGCGCCAGCACAUCAAGGAAACGAUGUCGUGGCUGCAGGAGCGCAUCGGCGACGCCGUAGCGGCAACCCGCGUCGGGUCCGGCUCGCCCGCUCCCCCACCCGUCGCGGGCGGGCAACCCGGCGCCUCCUCUUCGUCCCCCGGCAACACAAAGUCGCAGGCGGCGCGAAACCAAAAGGAAAGUGCCGCGUCCACGGCGCUGUCUGUCGAGGACGCCCUGCACGCCAAGGUGGCCCGUCAAAGCCGUCUCGCCUAUCUGCGUAACCCCCAACACAUUUUUCUUCCCUCGUUCGAGGUGGGGGAGGAUGGCCUUGUCGAGGUGGCGGCCUCGGCGGCCGCUGGCAUGGCGGUCAGCGCACCUUUAAAUCCAACCAAAUCGAAGCAACAGCACGAUGGCAGUACAGGCGGGGGUCACGCUGGCAGUAUUUCCUCCACCACCGCGGCAACCGCACGGGGCAGUCAUAAGGAGUCCAACGGCUCGGGUGGCUCGGCGGCACGGAUGCUGAGCAUCACCUCAACGGAGAUGUCGCCCUUCCCGGUGGCCUCCCACGGAACGGAGGCGGUGCUGCUCGACGGCGUGGCGACCCGCUUCCGCUACGCUGCCCCACUUGCGCCGUCGCAGCACCGCGUGGAGCUGCUGCGGCUGCGCGCCUACGAAGAGUCGGCGAGCACCGCAGCGGGGCGUGAGAAGGACGCGACCGGAGGUGCGGCGGGGGGCGGCAGCGGCAGCGGCGCAACGACCGGUAAGCGGCUGAAGGCGUCCUCCGCGGCUGGCGGGGCGGCGGCGGGUUCGGCGAAAGGUGGGGCGGGCGCGGCGUCGACGGCGGCCGGCAGCGGGUCCGCUGCGACGACCAGCGUGGCGGCUGGCGGCGGGGCGGUGGGCGGUGCCGUAAGCAUUGCGGGGGCCUCUACGCUUUUCUACCCGCUGACGACGGCGGAGUGCGACGCGCUGGUGUGGCCGCUGCAGGCGCCGCUGUUCGAUGCCAUGAAGACGUGUGACCCGGCAGCGGCGCCGGCCACGCGGUCGGUGAAGGCGGAGCGCCGGGCACGGUUUCGCACGAGCUAUCAGACCUACUUUGAAGCGAUGGCGGCACAGAAGGCCACGGCAGCCACGCAGAGUCGCGGCAGCGGCGGCGGCGACAGCGCGGAUGCGGCGACUCGCCCGGUCGUGUACCACUCCCUACUGGGGAUCAAAGAAGAAGACUUGAGUAUGACGCUGCGGACGAAGAAAUCGGCGCCGGCGGUGUGA